AUGUCUAGCAGGAAUGAUUCCGAGAAAUCUUUCUUUUCCACACGGCCCCUUCAAGCAUUAGGACUUGAUGGGGAACAGGAGGAUGAGAAUAGCACGUAUGUUGUGGUGGACAGCCGUGGUGCUACCUUCACAAUUGAUGAAGAAGAUUCGCGCCUCUCUCGUCCGCCAUUUGUUAGACGCAACUAUUCUCCGCCUCCAGGGAGCCCACGAUGGCUGCCUCUCAAGCUUUGGGCAUGGAACUGGGUCUUUGGAGGUCUUGUCGUUGUCGCAGCCGCGCUCCUGCCGCUUACUGUUCUCUCCCUUGCGAUCCCAAUUGCCAGCUUCUUUGCAUUACCUGCCCUUCUUCUGGAGAUCGGAGUGCUAUUCUACGCCAUUCCAGUCUUCGCGUACUUGUUACUGGCUCAAAGUGCACCCCCACCCCACGCCGAAUUGCCAUUCCAUCCCCCAAUCCGAAACUUACGACUCCUUACGAAAAUUAAUAUAGCAGUUCUACAAUGGACACAAAGGGCUAUAUACUCUAUUUGGGCUGUACUCCCCGAAGUGAUAAAGACAAAGAUGCUCUAUACAGCAGCUCGAGGCUGGCCCGAUCGGAUUAGAACAAAGGUCCUCUAUGGUUCCACAUAUGCCCGCAACACCCUGGACGUUUAUCUACCGAAACCUGUUGCUUCUGGGUUACUUCUCCAGUCUGCGUCCCAGCCUCCUCAGCCAACUCGCCGGCAUCUGCGAACGUGCUUUCAGAAAUGGAUGAUGGCGUCUUUAGGACGAAACCUUGCUCGUAUGGGAUACUGUGUGGUCAUUCCCGACAUCACCGCAUUCGAUGAUGAUGUCACAGAUUUGCGUGACGCGUCCGAUUCCACCUCAAAGCAGCACUCGAGUGUAUCCGGUCCAUCGUCUGCCCAAUCAAACUCGCCGAAAAACCACAGAAUGCAAUCUCCAAGCCGAAUCAGGGAAACCAUGGAGGACCUACGGAGGGUAAUGCGGUGGGCAGUGGACCACGCUUCCAAAUUCGGUGGCGAUCCACAACAAAUUUACCUUGCUGGCCACGGCCUGGGUGCCCAUGCUGUCCUUCUCCAUUGCAUACAGAAGGCUGUCGUCGCUUCUCGAGAUGCAUUGUUCAAAUCAAUGGCAUCUUCGCAUAAUGACGAAGGAGGGACUGACGCUCCCCCAUCUAUCUCUAUUUCAAAUGGGACCAGGCGAGUUCAAGAGUACGGCCGCGAGAUAUGGGCGCCAAAGGUCCAGGGACUCAUUCUCCUUUCGCCCAUAUGUGAUGUGGAGAAACAGGUCUUGGUGGAGAGCGAGCAAGGAGUUUCCCAUCUUUCCACCGUCCGAAGAUCUCUUGGGCCUGGCCAACUCCCAUGCAUCAUGCAUUCCCCGGCUCAUAUCCUUCAUGCGUCUCGCAACAUCAUCGAUAUUGAGGAAUUACCAAAAAAAGUACUUUUCCUUCAUGGGCUCAAUUCUGUGUCACGUAGGGGCUUCGAUCGAGUAGUUAACUGGUCACAAUCGGAAAACAUGAAGGAGCUUUUCCGCGGUGUUGGUGUAGAAAACGUGCGAUCACGCGUGUAUACAACUGGUCACACUGGAGUCCUCACAGGAUUUCCUAAAAGCUCUUAUGAGCCAUACUCGAGGGAGUGUGGUGUCCGCACAUAUUUCUCGAGAAUUGCGGAAAAUUAUACCGUUACCCCAUCCGAUUUGACGCAAUGCUGUAUUGAUGAAUAUCACUCGGAACUGGUUUUCGGGACAUCGAAGUCAUGA